CAUACUAAAGUCAAGAGAUAUGAAGAAGGAGAUGGCCGACUAGGAGGCAGCGUUACCUCUGUGAACUUCGGUGGCAAAAUUUCAUUUAUUGAAGACAUUUUCUCUGCUGAAGUCGGAAGAGGACGUUUUAAACAUCUAUUUCCUCUUCCACAAUGGCCGAACAAAAUAGUAACGUCAGAUAUCAAGAGCUGGUGAAUGAGGAAGAGCCUGCUGAGCCUUCCCCAGAGAGUCCUGCCCAAGAUGCACCACCACCCUACAGCAGCAUUUCGCCAGGAAAUGCAGCUUUCUUUGAGUACAAGGAAGAUGGAGGAAGAUUCCCUAAUCCUCCAUCAUACAGUGUUGCCACCACUUUACCUUCCUACGAUGAAGCUGAGAGAAGCAAAACAGAGGCUGCCAUCCCCCUGGUCACUGGAAGAAUCUCGGAGGAAGAUUUUGUGGCCAGAGAUGACUUUGAUGAUGCUGACCAGCUGCGAAUAGGAAAUGACGGCAUCUUCAUGCUCACUUUCUUCAUGGCAUUUCUCUUCAACUGGAUUGGCUUCUUUUUGUCGUUCUGUUUGACCACAUCGGCUGCUGGUCGCUAUGGAGCCAUCUCUGGCUUCGGCCUGUCCCUUAUCAAAUGGGUUCUUAUUGUCAGGUUUUCUACCUAUUUCCCUGUUUCCUUUGAUGGGCAGUACUGGUUGUGGUGGGUGUUCCUGGCUCUGGGUUUCAUGCUGUUUAUCAGAGGCUUUGUGAACUACUCCAGAGUGCGUAAAUUAGUUGAUCCAACCUACGCCACUCUUCCCAGAACAAGGGUGCUUUUUAUCUAUUAGGGGAUGUGAAAGUGUGUGAAACGAAGUUUUCAAGAGACUUCACCAGAAAUCAGCAGAAGAGCUCCAGAUGAAGACUGAAAACAGUAAAAAAUUCAGGAAUUAUGUCACGUUUUCUUUUGUUUUGAGCUUUUAUUAAUGGAAUAUGGUUAACAGUAAUAGUCCCUUAAUGUACUCAUUAGUGGCGAAUGUUAAGUGCUAUUUACAUCUGUCUGUAAUGUUUGAGUAAUGCCUUAUAUCAUUUGAUGGUAGCAUAUGAGCAUGCUUCUGCCCAUGAGGUUAAUCACUAGGAGAGUCUGAUGUUGGCAACACUCGAAGCUAACAGGUAUUAAUUAGUGCAGCUCUGUAGAUUUGCCAUAGCAUGCCACACACUUUGUAAUCCGCACUAAUGUCACUUAAUGGUUAUAUUAGGCUGUUUUUAGAUACCAGGAACAUGGAAUUUCCACAUAAAUAUUUCACUCACCUGUUGGCUUUAAGAAGUGCUGCCUUCUGUGUAGCCACAAGGGGGCAGCGUUGCUUGCAGUGAACCAUUAGGAGCUGUUCAUUAGAGCAUUGAGUAAAUAGAUCAUUGCCAUUCAAACAGAUGUCAGUGGAAUACAGACAUACUGAAUUACCAGUGUAUGUCAGCGGUUACAAUUUUCUUAAAUGAUUUGUAGAGUCUGAAGAAUGUUAAAAUUAUUACUGAAGUUACAGAAAUCAUUUUUACAAGAUCUAGCCUGCUUUUUUUUCCAUCUUGACCUGCAACCAGUAAUAAUAAGACCCUAAAUGUCUACAGACAAACCUCAGAGCUGACGACAAACAGAUGCAGCAAUUUUAGACAUGCUCAUUUUAAAGAGCGUAUGAACUAAUUUUCUGGUCCUUGUCCUUAAAGCUCCUUACAGUAUCCAACUGAUGGUCAGUGGGAAUGCUCUGUGCAGCUAAUAUACUUACUGUCUGUACUUCAGAUGUUACUGAUUUCAUGCAGACAGCUGCAUGAAAUUAUUUGUGCUUAAAAAUAACCCCAAUUUCACCACCAGGUGGGGUUUUGCCCUAAGAUUUAAUUAAAAUUUGGGGGAUUAUAUUUCUUUUGUUGGUUGUAAGACCUUUCCACAUGCAGUAAAUUUGGCAAACCCAUAGGUAUUGGUUAUAUCAAAGAAUGUUGUUUGCAGGUGAACUUUUAGAAGCAUGACCGAUUAAAACCAUUUCAUGAUGUCAUGCUUAUUAAAAAAGAAGGUUGUGUAGGAUGUAGCACACUGAACUGUUUGAAUCACCAGUUAACUUCAUAUUUCUGCCAUGGCUUUGAUUACAGACCAAUUAUGCUUGUUUCUAUGUGAUGUAGAGCUGCAACUUUGGGGUUUUGUUGUUAUGAAACUGUACAGAUAAUGUUUAUUGUUAAAUAAAUGUCACCUUCAAUGCUU